UUUUCCUUUAAACACAUUAAAGGACUCCAAGGUUUGUUCUACCAUUAAAAGUGGAUCUGUCUUCCUUAAUCACUUGUAGUGGAGAGCUGGAAAUUGGGAGUUGUAGUCCUUAGGCAAGUUAGGGAAGUUGUUGGAAUAAGAAACAGUAGCAGAUAAUAUGAAGAACCCUAUUCCAGACCAUGUUAUUGGGAUUCCAGUAUGCUCUGUGUCUUACAAAGUUGAAAAGGAAGGAGAAAGAUCUACUUCGGAACCUGAAUCUGCUAACCCAUACUUUCUUUCCUCUACUCUCUCUCUCUCUCUCUCUCUCUCUCUCUCUAAAACAAUUUUAUUUAUCAUAUGUAUUUUUUAAUUUUUCUUUUAAGCUCUUCUGUGAUGUAUUACUAUUGAAACUGCUUUUAAGAUGUUUGUUUAUGUGUUACCUUGAAACUGCAGGUAAAAUAGAUACACUGAUUGAAUGGAUGAACAAGUUUGGGAAGAAAGCAGAUACUUUUGCACAUGGAGUCUGUGAGCAUGUAAGAUUGGGAUCCAAUAUGUCUGAAACUGUGAAAGGAAAAUUGAGCUUGGGGGCCAGAAUUCUUCAAGGAGGUGGCAUGGAGAAGGUAUUCAAACAGAUUUUCAGCACUACAGAAGGAGAGAAGCUAUUGAAGGCCUCCCAAUGCUAUUUAUCAACAACAGCAGGUCCUAUUGCAGGGCUCCUCUUUAUCUCCACUGAGAAAGUUGCCUUUUGCAGUGAGAGGUCUCUUACAUUAACAUCUCCAAGUGGGCAGUUGAUUAGAACACGUUAUAAGGUUUUGAUUCCACUAAAGAAGAUUAAGCGAAUGCACCAAAGUGAAAACGCGAAGAAGCCAGCCCAGAAGUACAUACAGAUGGUUACUGUGGAUGGUUUUGAGUUCUGGUUUAUGGGAUUUCUAAAUUAUCAGAAAGCUUUCAAGCAUCUUCAACAGGCCAUCUCUGAAUCUUAAAUGAGUUUGUUCUCAGUAAUGAUACCAAGAGGAUCAUUACCCUCAGCUCCUUUUGAAACCCUUGUACAAAAUGAAAAAGUUUCACAGUUACAGAUCAUGUAUAAAUUGGGUCAAUUAUGUAAAGAUAGCUCCACAAUUCUUCACUACCAUUCAUAUACACAGAUUGCUACACAUAUGCCAUGCAGGAUAUUGUUUCAGCCCUUUCAGGUCUUCUUAUUAUUGUAAUUACAAUACAUAAAUGUUAAAGAAACUGUACCUGAAAAUAUUUUGGAUGCUAAA